AUGGCUGGAGAGGAGAAUAAGGAAGCAGAUAUGCUGUCCCGACUGCAAAUGGAAGUGAAUGUCAUAUAUCCUAACCAGGAAUUGUACCAUGUGGAUUGCUGUGAAAAUCUACCUGUAACAGCAGCAGAAGUAGCACAAGAGACUAAAGCAGAUCCAAUUUUGAGACGGGCAUACCAGUAUACAUUGUCUGGAUGGAACUGGAAAAGUCACAUGGAUCCAAGGUUACAACCCUACUCACGACGGUCAGAUGAACUUAGCGUUGAAGAGAACUGUUUACUUUGGGGAACACGUGUGAUAAUACCGCAAAAAUUACAGUCAAGAGUUCUAGCAGAUCUUCAUGAAAAUCACCUGGGUUCAAAUCGAAUGAAAGCAUUAGCUAGAUCAUAUAUCUGGUGGCCGAGUUUGGACAUGACGUUGGAAGAAUUGUGCAAGAAAUGUGAAAUUUGCCAAAGUCAGAGGAAUAAACCGCCUGCUGGUAUUCCUCAUCCAUGGAUGUAUCCCACAGCACCUUGGGAGAGAGUUCACGCGGAUUUCGCAGAAUUUGAAGGUCAACAUUAUCUUAUUAUGAUUGACGCUUUUUCGAAAUGGUUGGAAGUGCAUGAAAUGGGCACUAGUACAACGGCUAGUAGGACAAUAGACGUGAUGAGGCGAGUUUUUAGUUUUCAUGGCAUUCCAGGACGAUUGGUGACAGAUAAUGGUCCACAAUUCAGGUCAGUAGAAUUUCAGGAGUUCAUGAAAGGAAAUGGUGUCAAACACCAACUCACCCCUCCGUACCACCCAUCGAGCAAUGGACAAGCAGAACGAGCAGUACAAAUCUUCAAGAGAUCUAUGGAGGCACGACUUAGAGGACGCACUAUUCGACAUCAAAUAUCUAUAUUACUGCUGCAGUAUAGGUCGACUCCAAAUACCUCAACAGGAAAAACGCCAUCCGAAUUGCUAAUGAAGAGAGUCUUACGAACAAGACUAAGUCUUGUUAAACCUACAGUUGGAGGAGAGAUUCGAGACAGACAGGAGAGCCAAACAGAAGCUGCAUCCAGACAUCGUGAGAUGUUACCUGUGUGA